AUGGACCAACAACCUUACCAAUCUGACAACUUGCCCGUGGACGGGGCAUCCCUCGCCUUUCCGGAGGCGGAGCGGCAGGCGGUGUACCGGGCGAUCUACCAGCGGCGGGACAUACGCAAUUUCCGCCCCGACCCGAUACCGGACGAAACGUUGGCCCGCAUCAUACGGGCGGCGCAUCACGGGCCCUCGGUGGGGUUCAUGCAGCCCUGGGACUUCAUACUGGUGAAGGACCUGGAACGCCGGCGGAAGGUGAAGGAUCUAUUCAACCGGGAACGGGCUUCCGCCGCGUGCUUUUUCGACGAGCCACGCCGUUCCGCCUACCUUUCGCUCAAGCUGGAAGGUAUCCUCGAAUCUCCGGUGAACCUGUGCAUCACCUGCGACCCGACGCGCGCUGAGGUGGUGCUGGGCCGCAACUCCAUGCCGGAAACCGACGUGUAUUCCACCUGCUGCGCGGUGCAGAAUCUCUGGCUGGCGGCGCGGAGCGAAGGUGUCGGCGCCGGUUGGGUCAGCAUCCUCAAGCUGCCGCAACUGCGUGGGAUACUCGGGAUACCGCCGCACAUCAUCCCGGUGGCCUACCUCUGCCUGGGUUACCCGGUUGAGUUCACCGACGAGCCGGGGUUGCAGAGGGCCGGCUGGCGCCGCCGUCUGCCCGUGGAGGAGCUGCUCCAUUUCGAUGACUGGAACGGCGGCGCCAGCGAUGGGGAGUGGCAGAGUUUCCGGGAUGCCCUGGGGUCCGAAGCUGAGCGAGAACGAUAA